GAUGAGGGGGAGGAUGUGGGUAAAGAAAGGGGGAGCAGAAGGGUGAGGAUGAAGAAGAGGAGGAGGAGGAGGAGGAGGAGGAGAAGGAGGAGGGGGAGGACCUGUGUGUCUCCAUGCAGCCUCCGGAGCGCAGGGCGGGGCGACGCCGCGCAGCAGCAGCUUCAUCCCGCUGACCGACACCGACCUCCUGCUCGUCUCCAGGCCGCGGCAUGGACGCCGGAGCCCGGCCUGAUUCCUCUCAAACACACCGCGGGUCCGGUUCGAGCGGCGCUGUGCACUGAACAACAUGAAAGCAGAGAUAAUGCUGAUGAAGAUGAUGAUGAUGAUGGUGUGCAGUUAGAGCUGCGAAGCGGAAACAAGCCGCAGACUGAAUCCCUGUGUGGAGCUGGAGCAGCGCGCUCCGAUGCAGCAGAAAAAUCGCCAUUGUUUGGAUGCUCAGCAGACUGAGAGAAGAAACCCGGACUGUACAGAGACUGUUUGACAGACACACACCAUGCUUUCGCCGCUGAUCCCCACAGUGUGUCUGCUCUGCUUUGCCCAGAGCGUGCUGGCGUUCCAGGCGUCGGUGAACGAGGAUGGCCUGAUCACGGCGACCCUUGAGCCCUCGGACCUGCAGGAGAACGUGACGGCGUACGGAGCUCAGAUCUCCGGAGAACCCCGACCCGUUCUGGUCCAGUUUGUGAACACGAGCGAGCCGGUUCUGUUCAACACCUCCUUCCACGGUCUCUGCUACACAGUGGGACUGCUGGUUAGACAGGGACAGACCUGGUCCAGACCCAUAAAGACCCUACCUGUACUCACAAAGCCCCUCCCAGUCCGCAGCGCACACAUAGCUGACUUUAAGGAGUCUCCGGAGACGGGGGUUGUGUUUCAGAUCGACCCUCCGCCUGGAAAUGUCUUCAGCAGAGUCAACAUCAGCUUCACAGAGGGACACGACAGACGAUACAUGCUUUAUAAAGAUUUCUACCGGGGGAAGACGGUGUUCAAACACUGGUUACCCGGAGUUUGUUACAGAAACAUCACCUUCCAGCUGAUCUCUGAAGUCACUGCCUACCAGAGCGCCAUGAUCACACACAGUGACAUCACACACACACCUGUGCACCACAGGACCGUCCCCUUCCCUCCCCUCAACAUUUCCCGGAAGAUCGUCCACCUGAACCAGAGGACGGCGCCAAGUGACGCCUCCAGCAUCAUCCUCCCUGAAGAGGACGAGGAGAGCCCUCACACCUCCCGCCAAGCCCGUGAGGUCCCUAUGCUGGAGGAGGAGCAGGAAAAGGAUCAGGAGGUGAACCCGUCUGAGGAGGCAGCGAGGGCGACCACUCAGCUGCCCUUUGUCCCAACACAUAACCUGACAGGGAGUAAUCAGACUGUAGAGGCGGAGACUCAGAGCUACUGGCCUGACCCUCCUGAUCCGUCCCCCUCUGACCGAGAUGAUGAGUUUGUGAACGCUGUCGUGCCCGAGUACGAGGACUCCAAUGAGCCGGGGUCUGCCAUGGGGCUGCCUGUUGAGACCGCCAUCCUGCCCACGAAACUGCCCCCCAUCCUGCUGGAGCUCCGUUGGCUGCCCCCCCGCGCCCCCACCAGCUACGACGGCUUCAACGUCUACAUCUACAGAGACGGUAACUCCACAGAAACAGCCACUGUGGAUGAAAACACUCACGAGUUCUUCACAGAGUUAACAGAGCCAGGAACGUACCGAGUCCAGGUCACCACACUGAGCGGAUCCGGAGAGUGUGAGGCGAGAGAGAGCGCCGCCAACACCGGCUUCACCUUCUACCUCAGUCCGAGUGGAGAGCUGUUGGAGGAGCUCCGUGAGCGUCCUCAGGCUGUCAGCGUCAGACUCCUGGACUCUAGCACUGCCGCCGUCUCUUGGGCGCCGGCCUCUGAGAGCCACAACGGCAGCAUGGUGUCCGUGGUCUCUAUGACUUGUCUGAGACCGAGUCUGAGCCAGAGGAUGGAGAACACCUACUGCAGUGAGGAGAACUCUACGAGCGACAUCGUCACUAACCUGACCCCCGGUGCUCAGUACAGAGUGGUCGUCUAUCACACCAACGGACCGCUGUUCAGUCCUCCGUCUGAGCCUGUCAUCAUCGAUAUCGAGCCCACAGGUGUGCGUGAGCUGGCCGUGUAUCCUCUCAGCCCGACGGCGGUCAUCCUCAGCUGGCAGCGUUCGUACCACGUGGCGUUCAGGAAGUAUGUCCUCCAAACGUUCUUCUUUAACCCCGUCACCCUCGUGUCAGAGUGGACCACGUACUACGAAAUCGCUGCCACCGCCUCCGUCAUCGCCUCUGUGAGGGUGACUGACCUGCUGCCGGCCUGGUAUUAUAAUUUCCGUGUUUCCAUGGUGACGUGGGGCGACCCGUUGCUCAGCUGUUGUGAGAGCUCCACAGUCAGCUUCGUCACAGCUCCCGAGGCUCCUCACAUCUCCUCUGUGGAUUACUCUCACGGCGUCCUCUACGUUCGGUGGACGUACGGCGAGCUCUUCAUCGACCUCUCUCACUCCAGGAUGCUGCACUGGCAGGUCGUCGCUGUGGGGAAGAAAGGACCGGAGAGGAGCUACUCCGUCGAUGUGACUCGUAACGUGAUGCGUGCAAGUCUCCCUCUUCCUCCGGGUGACAUCUACAACCUGACAGUGACAGCAUGCACGGAGCGAAGCAGGAACACCUCCAUGCCCAACAUCAUCAAACUGGAGCCGGCUCCUCCUCGUUCUCUGUUCGCUGUGAACGCCACACACUCGUCUGUGACUCUGCUGUGGACCGAGGAGGGGGUGGUCGACUACUACCAGGUCCUCUGCAGACCCAACAAACCCACCAAGGAGCUCAAGGCCCGGGAGCCUCAGACAUCCAACUCUCACGUUCUGACAGUGUCGGGUUUGAUUCCCUCAUCCACCUACAAUUGCACCGUCGUCAGCUUCAGCUACAGCACUCCCAGCAAGCCCGCACACAUCACCAUCCGCACCGUCGCUAAAGAGAUGAACCCAAGCAUCGGAGCCAUCUCGGCUCUGGCCGUCCUCAGCAUCCUGCUCAUCAGCAUGCUCGUCCUGUUUCUGCUCGUCCUCCGUAAGAAACACCUUCAGAUGACGAGAGAGUGUGGCGCAGAAACUUUCGUCAAUUUCGCUUCCUUUGAAAGAGACGGGAAGCUUCCUUAUAACUGGCGAAGAAGCCUCUUUGCCUUCCUUACCCUACUGCCAUCCUGCCUUUGGACUGACUAUCUUUUGGCUUUUUAUAUUAAUCCUUGGAGCAAGACAGCUCUAAAGAAACGGAAGCUUACAAGCCCCGUCCAACUGGACGACUUUGAUGCAUACUUCAAAGAAAUGAGCAAAGACUCAGCGUACAAGUUCUCCCUACAGUUUGAGGAGCUGAAGAGUGUCGGUCUGGAUCUUUCCCAUGAUGCAGCAGACAUGCCCGUCAACAGACCCAAGAACAGAUACACAAACAUCCUGCCCUACGACUUCAGUCGAGUGAAGCUGAUGUCGAUGCACAACGAUGAAGGUUUAGACUACAUCAAUGCCAACUACAUACCUGGCUACAAACACACUAAAGAGUACAUCGCCACUCAGGGUCCGCUCCCUGAAACUCGUAAUGAUUUCUGGAAGAUGGUUCUGCAGGAGAAGUCUCCGAUCAUCGUCAUGCUCACACAGUGCAACGAGCGACGCAGGGUGAAGUGCGAUCACUACUGGCCGUUCACCGAUGAGCCUGUGAUGUACGGAGAGAUCAGUGCAGAGAUGCUCUCUGAAACAGAGUCUCCAGAGUGGACCAUCAGAAAGAUCAGACUGGGAUAUGCGGAUGAGUCCCUGGACGUCCUCCACCUGAAUUACACCUCGUGGCCCGACCACGGAGUCCCCACUGUCAACGCCAUCGAGAGCAUCCUGCAGUUUGUGCACAUCGUCCGCCAGCAGGCCAACAGGACCAAAGACCCCAUCAUCGUCCACUGCAGUGCUGGAGUCGGCAGGACGGGGACCUUCAUCGCUCUGGAUCGCCUGAUGCAGCACAUCAGAGAGCACGAGUUCGUGGACAUCCUGGGCAUGGUGUCUGAGAUGAGAUCACACCGUCUGUCCAUGGUGCAGACCGAGGAGCAGUACGUGUUCAUCCAUCAGUGCGUCCUGCUCAUGUGGCAGAAGAAGAAGCAGCAGUCCAUCACCUCUGACGUCAUCUACGAGAACGCCAGCAAAACAUAAUGACCGAGGCUCCAACACACGCUGCGAACACACUGGCCUCCUGUGCUUCAGGCAUCCAUUCUCUGCAGAAGAAGAUCCGCUUCAUCAUCAGUAUCAAAAAACAAAACAGCCGAACAUCUCGAUGACUCAAGAGGAAAAAAAUAACCCAGUAUUUAAUUUGAAUUGGUGUUAAAGCAUGGAUGGAGAUUUGCCUUAAGGAGCUGAACUGACAAACAUGAACAAAAAAAACCCUGAACCCUCUGAGCCGGACUGUGGGGGGUGGGAGGAGUCAGGGGAGUGUUAACGAGCUCCGUCCUGUGAUUGGAUGUCUACACUGUGUCCGUCUUCGUUCAGGUGACGCGAGGCGACGAGUCAGUGGUCGAGUCAGCAGUUUUUUCAUUUAGUUUCUUUUUUUAUUUUAAUCUCAGGAGUAGCUGAAAAACCAGCAAGCACACCGGCCUCUUCCUCCGCUUCAAACACAUUCGUUUUAGUUUUAGGUUUUAGCAUGGUUGAAUUAAUCAUCCCUCCGCAGUGAGCAGCUGUCCUGGCAGGUGGAGAUGUCGGAAUCGAAGGGGGGGGUCCAUCGCAAAGUUACACUGCCAAACCCUAAAAAAGACCCACUGCUAACAUGCUAGUGAACUGCCAGGACUGCUGCACAGAUUACAUUCACUGAAAAACCCAGCAAGCAUUCAACACGGGAUGAUGCUCCAGAGAAUUAGCACAAAUUUUACAGUUGUGGGAUGUUGGAGCUGAUUUUUAUUCUGAUCAAACACUAAAUUGAGAUGUUUCCGAAUGUAAAGAUAGUGUGCUGGUAGAAGAAGCCUUUUCUGUCAAACUUUAGGGGACAAAAAAAUUCAGGGUUUUGUCAACGUGUUUAAAAAAAAUGGUAAAUAUCUGCUGCAUUUGGAGUGUUCCACAUAUCAGCUUCACAAAGUUUUAUCAGGAAGUGUUAUGGUAAUGAUUUCACUAAAUGCUGCUCCUCAAGACACAAAACUUUUCGUAUGUACGCUGAAUCAACAGCUAAGCAUCUGAAUGUUUGCUGGGUGUGUACAAAAAACUAAAAGGCACAAAGACAGUAGAAGGGAACAGACGCCUUCCGUGGAAACACGAACGCCUCGUGCUGCCGUCGGGACGCAGAUGGACGUGUUAGAGGCCAGUUUAGACGCUAGAGACUGUCAUAGAGCUGUAGUUUGUAUUUGCACUGAGGCCUGGGAGCUAACUGACCUGCUGACACAAGAAGGGAAGAGUUUCUGCUGCUGCUGCUGCUUCUGACUGUGGAGGACUGACUGUACAGCCGUGUUGCUCGGUGUUCGUCCGUCCUGCGCACUGUGGGCUCUUUCUCUCCCGGAGGAUCUGAAGACGUAGAUUAACUGUAGGGAAGUGAGACGUUUGUGAUCUCAUCGGCUGCAACAAUCUUGUGUGAGGACAAAAGCAGAGAAAUGGAUCAUGUAUCAGAGAGUAUCUGAAGAAAGAAGAGAGGCUGAUACUCUGAUGGAUGAACUGCCAAGACCACCAAGAAAAUGAUAUCAAGACCUGAUGAGGGUUUAUGUUGCUGAAUUAGGGAAUGGAUGAAACAUAUCUGCUCAGCAUAUCCCCAGAGUCAGCCCGAGUCUGUUUGCAGUUUAGUGAGACAGAUUUUAAAUUCAACAAUUGAUAAAUAAUUAUUCUACAAAUUUCAAAUGUCAAAGCAUGCACAAAAAAUAGUUUUCCUUCAACAUGUAUUACCUGCUUUUGUUUCAGUGCCCAAACAGACCAAGCACGAAAUGUUAGUAAAGCCAAAUUUCUAUUUUUGUUUUGAAGCUAACCCUUUUAAAAAAACUCCACAUUCAUUUUUCUUUUUUCUCUGUAAGUGCUGGAAAGCCUGGGUUCAAAUCAGAUAUCCCAAAUUUAAUUUUCCAAACUGACGUCUCAUUGCCUCAAUUUAAAAAAAUACCAACAGUAACUCUUUGAUUUAUGUCGUCAAAAUUUGAUACUGUAGCGCCAAUUGUACCUCAGCCCUAAAGUUUUAUUCAGUGGCCACAAAUACCAAAAUGUAAAAUAUGAUGUAGCCAGAAGCCAUUAUGACAGAUAACUUCCUUAGUAUUGGAAUUAUACAUAUUUUAAAUAAUAGAAUUAAAAGUUAGAAAACUUUUAUUGCCCGUCCCAAAUUUAUAUAAUGCCAUUAAAGACUUUAAAGCUGUUGUUGGUAGGAAUGGUGUAAAAAAAACUAUACUUAUUUUUCCUGCUGGGUUUGGAGAAAAGGUCAUAAUACUCAUCUGUACUCAUUGGUAAGUGAAGUAAUUUGAAAUUAUGGCGAAGUCUCUGUGUUUUCCAAUGCCUUUGAAUCAAGCAAUGUUAUUAUUCCCCUCAUUCCCGUUAUCAUGGACCGAUCAGAGCUACUCUCCAAUCCUCUGUCUUGAUUGGUCGAGUGGCGGCCCCACUACAUCGCCUUGAUUGGCUUGGAAGCCACUACUUCCACAUAGAACGUGCACAACGAUCUUUUGUGGGCGGGGUUACAACAGCAGAGAGGGGAGGGGUAGUGUUGACAUUCGAAACCUCUCUCAGAACUGAAGUUUAUAUCACGAGUACCAACAGCAGCUUUCAGUAGAACAACCUUAAAAUUUUGGUUAAAAUCCCCCAAUUACAUACGUACCACUACAUUUAGUGUCAAUAUUAAUAUUUGGUGUUGCACUUUCAAUUUUGCCAACUCCAAUGAAAUUUAGCACCCGACAAAACCAAUGUCACCCAAGGCUCCCCAGUUUUUUUUCUGUAACACUUUGUUAAAAAAGUAGUCCAAUACAAUUUUAACAAAAAUGCCAAAAUUUUAAAAAGACUAUAGAUACUGAAAUGUUAAAAUUGACAUAUGAAUAAGGAAGAUAUAUUUCUUUGUAUCUGUUUUUUUUGUACUCUUACAUUAAUUUCUUAUUUUUUAUGCUCCUAUUAAAUGUUUACAAACCCAAAAUUUCUGCCACAAUGCCAGAAUUUUUUAAAAGAUUUUUUAGGUCCUAAAGAAAUUUUUGUUUGAAUUUCAAGAAAAGUUAGUCUAAUGACUGAUGAUUUUUACAUUUUUUUUUUCACAAAAUUGUAGAACAUCAAAUGUGGUCGAGCACAUUUUUGGUUGAUAAAUACAAAGAUGUUUGUAUUUCAUGUGUGUAAACAAUUCAAAUUUGUUCCAAUAUUUGACUCAGUUAUGGGGACACAAUCAAAAUAUUUGGAUGUUAUUGAAAAAUGUGGGCACUGCAACAAAAUCAUUGGGUGUUGAAAUAUAUAACAUAAAUUUAAAAAUGAAAUAAUGAAACAUGGCUCGGGCUGACCACAUCUCACUUGAACACGCGACUACUGUACAGGAAAUAGUUAAAGCCAUUUUCUGAAGCAUCAGUGUCAGCUAGUUUUCAGCUCAACUCAUUUACGAUAAAUUAGUUAGUUCAUUUUACAUCUUUCUACUGAACGUUUACUUGAAGGGUAAAAGAAAUCUUCAUAUUUCUCACUUUUUUUUUGACUGUAGAGAAUGUCUUCUGAACAGAUGAGAGCGGGUGACCUCUUUCAAAGUUUAAUUCAGGAAGUACAAGGUGUCGUCAAAAUAAAAGCAAAGUAUGGAGAGGCAGAAGGUAAAAGUGAGAAGUUGUUGAAAUUGAAGUCAUGUCCUUUCCACUUUUAUAGGACUGUGAAUUCGAAGAAAUUAGUUCAUAAUCAGUUCAUGAUAAGCCUGAGAAGAGGUUAGGGUUAGGGUUAGGGUUAGGGGUUGUGGUUAGGGUUAGGCUGUUUUCGAAACUGCCUACUAUACUAGCAGUAUGUACUGAUUUGGCCAAAAUUCAGUAUGUAGUAAGUAGUAUGUGAACAAGAGCAAAAUCUGCAGUAUGUCAAACCCCCCCGGAUGUCUACUGAUUCAGGAAAAUUUCACAGUAUGCAUCAGACCAGUCUACCUCGCGUACUGUUUCCCACAAUGCACAGCUCUCGUUCCGCUUUUUGGUAGAUGGUAAAUGGUGAAUGGACUUCUACUUAUAUAGUGCUAUACUAGUCUAUCUAACCACUCAAAGCGCUUUUACACUACUCGACACAUUCACCCAUUCAUACCCAUUCACUCACUGAUGGUAGAGGCUGCUAUCUAGUAAGGGACCAUCAGUUUUAGCUGAUCUCAUUCGUUCGCAUUCAUACAUCGCUGAACAACAGAGGGAGCAAUUCGGGGUUCAGUGUCUUGCACAAGGACACUUCAGCAUGUGACUGCCGGAGCUGAGAUCGAACCGCCAUCCUUCCGAUUGAUAGACGACCGACUCUACCCACUGAGUCACAGCCGCCCCAGAUUUGUCUUUUCUCUAUUUUUUUUGACGGGGGGAACUCAGUUUUUAGGUGCUGUGAAAAUUAUUAAAUUCCAUAUAAACAACUUCCUAACUUUUUAAAUCAUAAGUAAUCUUAAAGAAGCAGUUUCUCUAUCAGCUUGGCAGUUGUUUACUUCCGCUUUCCGAAACUGGAAGUUCAGUGACGUCUGGCCCAGCGUACUGCAACACAGAUCAAACAGAACAGUCUUACUACAUACUAAAUUCAAACGCAGUAUGUAGUAGGCAGUACCUACUGUCUACUACAUUAGUAGGUAGUAUGUAGCAGGUCGUUUCGAAAACAGACUUCUUCUUCCUCUAAUAUUUUUAAAGCCACUUGGAUUGGAUGUAUCUAAAAGCCUCCUCUGAUUUCUGUUGCUUUUAUUUUGACGACACCUAAAAUAAAACUUAAAAAAAAAGAAAAUAAAUCAAUGAAUGUGUUUUAAAGGCCGCUGGAUACUUAUUUACAAAAUGAUUCGUCAUUGUGGCCUUGUGGUUCAAACACCUUAAGUCUUUACCUGUUACCUGGUCGCCGCUCCAUCUGAAAUAGGUUACAUUUCACUAUUAGAAAUCAAAUGUACUGUACAUACUACUACUGCUUAACUAUUCUGUUUCUACUCGUCAUUACUAAGUAAUUCUUGUGGAAAUGUUGCUUUAGAGGUUUGUUUUUUAAAAGUUGUUGUAUAUGUGAUAAAUCAUCGUUACCUGAGCCAGAAGUUCUCUCAUCACGAGGACGGGUUCACUUUCUGGACAUUUUGGAGACUCACGUGGACUUGGGAGAACUCGUCUGUGGCCAGAGAGAUGCACUUUGGUACGACUGUCAAAAAAGAUUUACAAAAUAUAAACUGACAGAAAAACCUGCAGACAAACGUGUGAAAGCUCAGCACUGUACACUCUUCUACAAUUCUUUCUCUUGCUUCAUGUGUGUCCAGUCAAACUUGUACGUCAUUGGUGCCAUUUUGUGCAUUGUGUCACUUAUAUUUGAGGGAUGAUCGCAAACUCAGAUCAUUGUCACAGAAUUUUAAUGUGUGUGUGUGCGUGUGUGCGUUGAACAAAUAAACUGUUGCAAUUACA